AUGGUACCACAACAUCAAGAGUACGUAUCCGAAUACGAUGUGUUAGCAGACAUUGCAAUUUCAACAUCAACAGCAGCAAAUCUACGAACAACGAAUGCGAUACUUCUAGCUGCACUCCUACUAGCGUCAUACAUCCUAAAUAUCAUCCUUAUCACUACAAUCUACACCAGCAAGAAACUCAGAGCGACACUCGUCUACAUAAUAUUUGCGCAUAUAUCUACGGUGAACUUACUGACACUCUCACUUUCCAUUCUUCUCUCCUUACUAUUUGUCGCAAAUGGAGCCUGGAUUUUUGGCGAUGCAUGGUGUAGGGUGAAUGCUAUGGUGCAAGAGUUCUGCCUAUUCUACACACUACUUCUACUGAUGCUGGCGGCUGUGGAGCGAGCUGUUGGAUUGUCUUUCGAAUCGUUGCCCAGUCAACGACCAAAUGAACUGUGCACAUUUUUCACCCUAAAACGUGUACUUGUGCUCAUGUUCCUUCUCGCCGUGGUCAGCCUGGCUGUUAACAUUCCUUCAGGCACAGGGAUGAUUCCUGUGAGACCGUUUCGGAACAGAUAUGUUUGCGCUGUUGGCAGUGGAGCUCCACUUGGAUACACACUUUCUCGCGUUGUACUCUACAUAGGAUGUCUUCUCGUACUUUUGAUGUGUAUGUCGGCCAUCUUCAAGAAAAGAGAAGGGAAUUCCUUACCACAGCAAUCUCACGACUAUUCUGAUUUUAUUCGCAAGAAUCGAGCAAGGCAGGAGCAUCUAAGUAGAGCAAAACUGGUUGUAUUGCUUGUCUGCAUAUUCAUUCUCGUGUCGGGACCAUAUGUGAGCCUUAACUUCACCUACGAGAUCUGCAAUAGCCUCGAGUUCCUUCUUGACGACGUGUUACUGGAGAUCCCACAGGACGCGGACACUCUGAUCACCUGGCUAAUGUUUCUGUUUCCACUGCUCUCACCAAUUUCAAUUUUCUGCUGGUGCACAGAUGUUUGGAGUUUUGCGAAAGAGCUGUUCUGUUGUCAAUCUGCUAAUCCACCAUCCGUGGGUUAUUUUGCGAAUGGAUAUAAUAAAUCUGCGAACGGAAUGCCCGGUGUGAUGACGUUGGUGGUGACUCCAGAAGGUUUACAGUUGAAAUUACCAUCAUCAGGACUUUCGGAUACUUCUAGAUACACCCAAACUUUGACAGUACCACCACCUCAACCGUAUGAGGACCGUAUUCAAGAAAUGUACCCACAAGAAGAAACUGAUCAAGCGUUUCGAGACGAAGAAAGGUCAAAAUUGGAAAGUCCGCCUCUUGACAGAGAACCGGAAUCACAAAUUGCCAUUGACCAUACUGAAAAUCCACCAAUCGCAGAAGAACAAAGCCGAAUAAAACCGCCUACAAAACGUAAAGUUAAACAAUAUAAAGUUGGUGGUGUCGAUGUCGAUCGUGGAAAGAAGAGGAUGGUGGCAAACGCGAAACGGCCGAAAUGA